AUGGCCGCUCCAACAGCAAUCAAGAAAACCACUCCAGAACCAACUGCUGAGUCCAUCCCAUCUCAAACCAAUACAUCAAACAUACAAGAAGAUGAUGAAGAAAUGUUAAUAGAUACCACCAAUGUACCAGCUGAAGCAACCGCUGCGUCAGCUUCCGAUAAAAUAGUGGAGUCUACCGAAUUAGCACUUGAUGAAUCAGGUAAGCCAAAAUUCUCAGCAGCAUCAAAAUCAAAUAUGAAAGUUAAAUUGGAAAGUAGAAAAGUUCCAGUUCCACCACAUAGAAUGACACCUCUCAAAGGUGUAUGGACAAAGAUAUAUCCUCCUUUAGUGGAUCAUUUGAAAUUACAAGUUAGAAUGAAUUUGAAAACUAAAACAGUUGAAUUAAGAACUAAUAAAAAUACCACUGAUGUAGGAGCAUUACAAAAGGGUGCUGAUUUCGUUAAAGCAUUCACAUUGGGAUUUGAUGUUGAUGAUGCUAUUGCAUUAUUAAGAUUGGAUGAUUUAUAUAUUGAAACUUUUGAAAUUAAGGAUGUGAAAACAUUAACUGGAGAUCAUUUAUCAAGAGCAAUUGGUAGAAUUGCUGGGAAAGAUGGGAAAACCAAAUUUGCUAUUGAAAAUGCUACUAGAACAAGAAUAGUAUUGGCUGAUUCAAAGAUUCAUAUAUUGGGUGGAUUCACUCAUAUUAGAAUGGCUAGAGAAGCGGUUGUUAGUUUGAUUUUGGGUUCUCCUCCAGGUAAGGUUUAUGGUAAUUUGCGUACUGUCGCUUCUAGAAUGAAGGAACGUUAUUAG